AUUCGAUCUCUCCUCCUCCUACUGCAUACCCUCCUGCUUUAUUCAGAUAUAUAAUUAUUCUUUUCCAGGAUUGUUUAUUUGUGGUGAUGAAAAAUAGAGGUAUAUAACCAUAGAGGAAGAAGAAAGAAAGAAAAGUAUGGAAAGGAGGCUAAGGCCAAGGAGAAGUAGUAGAAGAAGAAGAAGAAGAAAGGGAAGGGGAGAAAGAGGUUCUCUUUAAUCUUUUCUCUCUUUCUAUUUCCAUAUAUUUGGCUUUAAGUGCAACAGUUUGUUCCAUAGCUAGCCAGCUUCCUUGUUCUUUAGUUGAAGUGGGAAGAGUCCGAGAGAGCUAGGCAGCGUUGGAGGUUUUUGUUUAGGGUUGUGUCGACGUUGGAGCAUAGAUCCAUACCACUUGUACUAGGAUUUGAGUGAUUCGUGUUCUUCCCUCAAUUCCUUCUUUUAAUUUUUUGUCUUUUAGGUCUAGGAAUACAGGUAGUGAAGAAAAUUGGAGCAGAUGAGUGAGUUUUCAUGCAUAUUUCUCAUCAAUUGACGACCUUUUAGAAACACUAAGCAAUCAUCUAGGAGAUCACAUAGCUUUAGGCUUUUACCAUGGCGGCAGCUUCAUCGUCAGUCCCUUUUUUCGGUAUGAGAGACGAAGAACAGUAUAACAUCCAAAAGCAGCAGCAACAACAGAUGUUAUCAGCAACACCAAGCUCAUCAGCUGCACCAGCUGCAGCUCCUCCAAAGAAAAAGAGGAACCUCCCUGGAAACCCUAAUCCUGACGCUGAAGUGAUCGCUCUAUCGCCGAAGGCACUCAUGGCGACGAAUCGGUUCAUAUGCGAGGUGUGCAACAAGGGGUUCCAGCGGGAGCAGAACCUGCAGUUGCACCGGCGAGGCCACAACCUGCCGUGGAAGCUGAAGCAGAAGAACCCGAAGGAGGUGCGCCGCCGGGUGUACAUCUGCCCGGAGACCACGUGUGUCCACCACGACCCUUCCCGCGCCCUGGGCGACCUCACCGGCAUCAAGAAGCACUUCUGCCGGAAGCACGGGGAGAAGAAGUGGAAGUGCGACAAGUGCUCCAAGCGCUACGCCGUGCAGUCCGACUGGAAGGCUCACUCCAAGACCUGCGGCACCCGCGAGUACCGCUGCGACUGCGGCACCCUCUUCUCCAGGCGUGAUAGCUUCAUCACCCACCGAGCAUUCUGCGACGCAUUGGCACAAGAGAGCGCAAGGCUCCCGGCGACGAUGGGUGGGCAUUUCUACGGCCGCAGCCCUGCCGGACUUAUGAAUUUGGGGCUUCCUCCGGUGAACUCUCCUCAUUUCUCCUCUUUGCAAGACCACCAGACGACGACGCCGACUUCCAACGAUCUUCUUCGGCUUAGUGGGAAUAAUGGCGCCGACGCGAUGCAGUUCGAUCACCUGCCAUCUUUCCGGCCUGCGGCCGGAGGAACGUUCUUCCUCGGCGGCGGUUCUAGCCAAAGCGUUAACGAAGUUGUCAAUUCUCAUCUGCUCCAGCCCAAACCCUUUCAUGGCUUGAUGCAACUCCAAGACCACCACGCUAACAUGUCGUCGUCUUCCGCUGCGAUUGAUCUCUUCAAUCUCAACAUCUUUUCCAACAAUGGAAACGCGAACGGCACCACCAGCAACGCCGCCAUGAACCAAUUCCCCGGCCAAUUCAACAAUCCAGCAGCCGGCGGGAGCGGCAACGAGACAACGUACGCCGGAAACCUCAUGAGCCAUCACCUCGAUGCGAACAUGUACGGCAACGAGACCGCCCUCCACCCUCACAUGUCGGCAACUGCGCUGCUCCAGAAGGCGGCGCAAAUGGGCGCAACCAGCAGCAAUUCUAGCGGCGCCAACUCCAUUCUCAGGGGCUUCGGAAACUUGGCGAAGAAUAAUCCGGGAGCAGGCUUCGACGGCGUCGGAGAGAACUCCGGCGGGCCUCCUCAGGCGCAGAACGAAGCCCACUUCAACGAACUAUUCAUGAAUUCUCUCGCCAAUGGCAAUGGAGCGAUCAAUGAUCAAGAAGCUGCAGCCGGCUUUGGGGUGUUCAGCACCGGAAUCGGUUCGAACAUCAACGACAACAAGUUGCAGAGAAACCAGUUGGCAAUGCUCGGCGCCGCCGCAGCCGCCGACAAGUUAACCAGAGACUUCCUCGGGGUGGGCGGUAGGAUGAGGAGCAUGGGGGGCGGCAUGCCGCCAAGAGAGCUGCAUCUUGGCAUCGACAUGGCCACCCUGGAUUCCGAACUCAAAUCCACUCGAUCAUUCGUUGGCGGCGGUCGCAUGCAGUAGUAGAACUUCACGUACGAUGAGUCGUAAUAAUUCUACAUCUUUUCUUUAAUUCCAAUCAAGCGAAGAACAAGUUCUGUUAUAGCAAAUGUCGAACAACCGCAAAUUUAUCUUAAUUAAACUGUCUUUUUAAUCAA